GAUUCUAUUUUAUCGUGACGGAGUUGAAGUUUGUUGAGUUACGUAAAUCUCAGUCCGCCGAAACGUUGUCGUCUCUACUCCGAAGCACCAAGCAAAGAUAGUUGUUCACGCAGUGAAGUGCGAUCGAUGAAUUACAGGUAAGUAGAAUGAUUGUCUACUCAAUCAAGUAACGAUAUUCAAGUCAAGGUCUGAAUGCAAAUGAGACAUUGCGGCUUGUCUGUUGUGAAAUUAUCGCUGACGAUUCGUCCCUUAGAUAAACAAACGAAGUGACUAGAAGAUACUACAGGAAUAUGUUUUUGUCUGGAAGAAAAUUAGUCAUCCAACUUCGUUAUUUGAAAGCCGACUCGAUAAUAUUCACCCGUCAAAUAAAUACCACUUCCUCGUCAAGAGAUGUUUACUUUGUGGCAAUGGCGUAGAGAAAGCGAAAAGCGAAAAGUGCACCACGGAGCGAUUCUCACUGAUUAUAGAAAGUAAGACAAGAUCAGUUCCGGAUGAAAAGCGUUCAAAAGAAUAGUCCAGAUAACUGAGAUUGACAUUUCGACAUGCCUCGUGGUAAAAAACGCAAAAAUAAAGGGAGAGAGAGAAGCGCUGACUCACUGCAGCAACCGAGAGAUGUGGUACCAGUUCAGGCGGAAAUUGAUACAACCACAUACUUGGUGAAUAUGGAUCAAAACUGCUUAAAAGAUAUCCAGCUUAGAGUUAUGGCCUUGAUGGAAAGAGCACUGUUUUUCCGUUUUAGGGGUAGGCCUGAUUUAUCUUUUGAAGAAAGCAAGAGCUUCAAGCUGGCACAGGACUUAAAGAAUGAUCUUAUGUCCUCUGGAAUUGAUUUUUUCGAAAAAGGCUCUUUUGGGGAAGCUGUUGAAUAUUUCAUUGAAGUUGUUCGUCUCUUCUGUGUGUUCAAUCGCGAGGUUCAUUUUUAUCUAGCCAGAUGUCAAUUUAGAUUGGGUGAGAAUUUCAAAGCAAAGGAGAACUGCCAGAAAGUAUUGCAACAUCACCCUGAUGAUCACGAGGCAAGAAACCUCAUGGACAGCAUUGAUGCCAUUAUCCCAACACAGAAGAAAGAUCAAAAGAGUACAAAGAAAAGAAAGUCAACACCGGUAUCUGAUGCUACACCACCUGUUACAGUUGUCCCAGAUAAGAAAUCUGUUAUGAACAGAAAACAAAAAAUGUGUGAGGAACAUCGCCGAAUUAAAGAGAUUGAAGAAAUUGGUACUGAAAUCAAGCAAAAAAUAGAAAUAGAUAAGGAAAGUGAAGAACAGAAGCAAGAUGGGAAAAAGAAUUCAUUCGAUGGAGAAAAAUCACUUCCUUCCUACGAUGUCAAAUCAGCCAUGGAGGCGUCAAGUUUCAAAAGAAUGAGUAGUGAUAAACAGCCUCACCUCCAAGCCGCCAUUGCAUCAGGUGCAAGACCAAAACAGCGAAAAGCCAGUGAAGGAUCUGGAAAGACCAAGGUUACCAAUGCUGAAGGUGAUGAAGGUCGUAAAAAAAGACAAAAGGCCACCGAUAAACAUCAAGAAUCCUCAAAAGGCCAGAGAACGAGCUCAGCCGCAGAAGCCAUCAGGGACUGCAAACACAGGAACUUAGGCAUUUACCAAGGACAAAAGAAAAAAGAGGAAUGGCAGGUAAAUGAAAGCCAACGGAAAGCAGCGAAAGCUAGGCAGACAUUCAAAAAAGACUGCUCAAAUCAAGGUUUUGCUGCAGCAACAAUAUGUACCCUUCCUACCAGAGCUAAUUCAGAAACAUCUGUUGAAACGAAACCCUCAAAAUCUCAAUGGGAACGUCUUGAGGAAAUUUCUUCUUUGCAAAUCCAUAGCACCUUAAAUUUCGGAAAGGCAUCACAAAAAGAGUCUCUGACAGCCACGACAGUUAAUAGAGAAAAAGGGGCUCAAACCAUUGCUUCUGACACAUCAUGUAAGAAUGGAUCAGUUCAGCAGUCGACAAAGAUACUUCCAGAGGGUGUAUCUAGAAUUUGUGCACAUUUUCUGCAAGAUAAUAGACGAGGGCAAGCCUUCCAGCUUCCGAAACCUUGUCUCAGGUGUUCAAAGGAUUCCUCAAAACAUUUGUAUGGAGUUUGGAGAAGUUCCAAAAAAGAAUGGCAGGUUAUGAGACCUUACCCAAAGGAGGUGAGCGCGAAAACUCCUUUCCGACCAUGUUCGUACUUUAUCGAGGGCCUUAAGUGUCGAAACGAUCCUUGUACCUUUGCCCAUGGCCAGAAGGAGCUAAAGUUCUGGACUAUGGAAAGAAAAUCAGACCAGGUCUCCUUUCGAAAGACUUCUAUGGAUCAAAAAAUACAAAGCAAAGAUUAUCGCGCAAACCUCGCUAACCCUCGGGAACGACUUGAAGAAUCGUCCAUCAUUCCUAACCACCCAAGACCUCCUCCAACAGGAGUUUACUACGGAGAAUUUCAAUUGUGUAAAUGGUGGAAUUCUGGUCAACGGUGUAGAUAUGGAAGAUUUUGCACCUACGCUCACGGAGAGGAAGAACUGAAAUCAUGGAUGGAAUACAAGAACGAGGAACAAGAAAAUGAAAGCGACGAGGAACAAACAUUGGACAAAACAGACAGGGAGGAAGCCAUACCAAGAAGCGAGAUGGUGUACAGUCUCCCUGGUGUCACAGUCUCUUGUAACAAAUCCCCUGUGGUAAAGAUUAUACCACGUGACGAUGAUCACAGGGAUAACUGCAGAUAUGAAUGGAUAUUUACAGUCACAUUUGAGAUAAGUCAAGUUGGAAAGUUGCGCCAAAUUGACCUCCUUCAUCGCUACCACGACUGCUAUCGGCUCACUGGCGUUAAAGGUUUCUUAAACAACAAAUUGAUUUUCCAAGAAUUAUCUAAACAGCUCCGGUAUUACACUCUCCCGUGGCAUUCUGAUGACAGAAAGGGCCGAAUGGAAGUAGUCAUUACUGUCUCUUUCAAUACAACAAAGCUCAAUCAGACGUUUACACAGUGCCUCAGGUUUGACUUUGGGAAAAAACCGUACCUAUUACAAGGAUUAAACGUGGACAUAGCAAACAAUGAUGCACUGAGGGGUGUCUCAGAGAUAAGACAGCAACUUCAGCUGGAUCCCAUUGUGUGGAAAGAGGGGUCAAUAGAUAUCGUACCUUGGCCAGAGAUCACUGACACAGGCCAUCACGAUGUGCUGUUGCUGGAUAAGUACCGACUGCCGGAGAGAAUUGAGAACGUCAUUUCGUUACAAAUAGUCGAAAGAAAGCUUAGCAUGGAAAACUACAAACGAGUGAUGCAUCAGUUGUUGUUUACUGAAGAGCUUUUCAGGAAAAAGGCUAUUUCAAGGUAUUGCCUUGACGAUGUGCUUCUGCAAUGCAAAAGUAGUGUUUCUGACGGAAGAUCUGGAUUUGCAUAUGCUCCAAAGGGCGAAUUGUUUGGCAUUUUGAGUUUCCAGGAGCGUGGACUCCAUUGUCUGGAAGGCGCUGCAAGAAGGCUUCUUACCAGAAAUGUACAAUAUUCCUUGCUUAAGCCGGCCAGGGGCGAUUCAAAGAAAGUGUACCAAGUUAAGGUAGAAAAUGUCGAGUUCCAAUUAGGGUGCAUAACCCUUCACUUGUCUCCUACAUUUUGUGCAGAACUUUUUGUAAAAAACGAUGCGUGCGUAUCAGUUGAUGCGCAAUUACAGCUCAAUCGGAAACCUCUCUGCGAAUGGCACGACACAAUUGAUAAACUGGGUCCCGUCCAUCUCAAUUUGUUGUUUCCAGGCAAUAAUACAGCGCAAGUCAGUCGAGAGGAUAUCUGCCCUAAAAACUGGCUUUCUUUGGACUCCAAAAUCAACGACAGCCAAAAAGAGGUAAUAAAUCGCCUUUUAUCGCCUCAAAACACAUCGUCGCCACUGGUAGUAUUCGGACCAUUCGGAACUGGAAAGACAUUCACCUUAAAUCAAGCAAUCCGUCAAUUGGUAAGAAGUCAAAGCAACCACAUCCUCCUGUGUACACAUACAAACAGUGCAGCUGAUAUACACGUUGAACUGUUACAUGAUUACUUAACAAAACAAAAAGGACUUAAAGCGAGCAGGCCUUUGAGGAUUUAUCACACAGAGAGAAGACUGAGCGUUGAUUCCGAAAUUGCUAAAAACUAUGGCCUCAUCGAAAACGGCGCCUACGUGCUUCCCACUAGAGAGCAAGUAAUGAAGCACCGUGUGGUGAUCACCACAUUAGCUGUAUCAAGGAAUCUGCUUGAGCUACAUUUAAACCAUGGCUUCUUUACACACAUUUUGAUUGACGAGGCUGCCCAAGCUAUAGAACCCGAGGCGCUCAUACCACUCGCGCUGGCUGGACCAAACACAAAAGUGGUUUUUACCGGAGAUCAUAUGCAGAUGAGUCCAGAAGUGUACUCACCUUAUGCUCGAGAUUGGGGUCUGCAAAAGUCGUUACCAGAGAGAUUGUUUGAUCUGUUGUACUGCGAUAAACCAGGACGAAACAGCGAGAUAAUGUUUUUGACUGAGAAUUACCGGUGCCAUUCGGAAAUACUGCAAUUUUCUUCAUAUAACUUUUACGGUGAAGGCCUGAAAGCCAGCAGCGAGCAACCUUCACACCCAAGGUUACAACCAUUGUUAUUCUACUCUGUCUGCGGCAUGGAAGAAGCCAGAGAAAACUCGUACAUCAACGAAACGGAAGUUAAGGAGGUUGUAAAGAGGGUCAAGGAGCUCGCAAAUGAUUGGCCAGUGGAGUGGAAAGUCAAAGAUCUUUCUCGGAUUGGUGUGAUAUCUGCAUACAACAGCCAGGUGCGAGCAAUCCGAACUUUCCUCAGGAAGGAGAGCAAGGAGCUGGGAAAUGUAACAGUGGAAAGUAUUUACAAUGUCCAAGGAAAGGAAUUUCGUGCCUUGUUCAUCAGCACUGUCCGCACAUCUCUCACCUUCCCAAAGCUCGACACACCUGAAGAUAAUAGUCAGCAACUUUACUGGGAAUUCUUCUCUGACCCUAAACUCUUGAACACGGCUGUAACCAGAGCGAUGUCCUUAGUAGCCAUCGUAGGAGAUCCUAUUUCCCUUUGCAGUGUGGGUGAGUGUAGAGGAAACUGGAGAGAUUACAUCAGACGAUGUGACCAACUUGGGUCUCUGUUUGGAACAACAUAUAGAGAAAUAAGGAAAGUUGUAGAUGCCCCUUUCCCCAAUAUUCCUUUAAAUCCUGAGGCAGCAGAUUUUGUUCCAAGUACCAACAAGGAAGAGAAAUCUCCUCCAGCAGAGAGUGAGAAGUACCCUGAAGAGUUGCAAGAUAAAAGUGCGACAGAAAACAGCCUGGAAAAUGGGAUGACCGUGUCAGGGAUUGAAAGAUGUCACACACGAAAAUUGUUUACGCUGGGAGAGGUCACGUCUAAUGAAGAAGAGAGACAGCAAAUAACAAAUCCAUCCUUCACGGACGGUGUGCAAGGUGAUUCCUUUCCAAAACAAGACAAACUUAUGUUGAAUCCUGAAGUUAAAAGAACGUCGGAGCUCGAGAGCGAUGAAGGUAGCACCGACCAGAGUACUUUAGACGUACUCGAAAAUGCAAUGACCGUGCCAGGGACUGAAAGAUGUAACACGCAGAAAGUGUUUACGCCGGAAGAGGUCAAGUCUGAUGAAGGAGAAGAGAGACACCAAGUAACAAAUCCAUCCUUCGAGGACGGUGUGCAGGGUGAUCCCUUUCUAAAGCAAGACAAACUUAUGUUGAAUCCUGAAGUUAAAAGAACGUCGGAGCUCGAGAGCGAUGAGGGUAGCAUCGACCAGAGCACUUUGGCCGUCUUCGAAGAAUUUCGUCGAGAGAGUUUUGAAGACGAAACAGUGUUUUCAAGGUACUUUGACAGGAUAAUACAGGCACUUGUACAAAAGUGUAAAGAAACUGAAGAGAGAGAAUUAAAAAAGUCCUUACAGAAUGAAGAAUUUCCUACCUUGCAAGAUGCCGCAACUCUACGCCCAAAGAGAUCGCAAGUGAGGUAUCAUCCUGCCAAACGUAGCAGUCAAGUGAAUUCAAGUUUUGCAAGCCUUUCUUCUGAAGACUUCCAAAUCUAUAUCGACGCCAAAGGUAGGCAAAAGGCUCGACUUGUAAAUCCUGGAUUUCGCCAAAAGGAGUCUGAACGAUUGAAAAGGCUCACAAAACCCGUUAAGCAAGAUGAUUUCCUCGACACAGAGAUUCUUUUGAACUUAGUUGGUGGACAACCUCUCACUUAUCUUGCAACUACACUUCGCCUCGAUUCCGAGGCUGUUCACAAUGCCUAUGCUGUGGUAUCGGACACGAAAACCCCCGACAUCAAAAUCAAGGGACGAGUAAAGAGGGUGUUCGACAUGGAUUAUGUUGUUGUGAGAGUUGAAGAUAAUCAAUCUGAUGAUGAACUUCCCUGCCGCCGAGGGAAAAUUGAGGGUGUGCUUCAUCACAUAAUCAGCCCUCACGAACGUCAGUUUGUCUGUAAGGUUGAUUACGAGAAUCCUGACCUUAUGCAUCCAAUCAAUAAGUCCAUCCCAAGAAUCGUAAUACUAUCAACAGAAGGUGUGAGAGGUGUGCCCCUCUACAAGGAAAUGCGCGAGGGUAACGAGAAGAAAGUCCAAGUCGACGAGAUGGAUCCCAAAGAAUUCCUUAGUGGAAAAUAUCUGUUUCUCGUACAGUAUCUACAAUGGAGACAAGAUUGCACCAGCCCUUUAGGCAUCCUAAUUCGAAAAAUACCACAACAGCACACUGUGGAGGCUAGCAUGGAGAUUUUGUUUGCAGAGCAUGGAAUUAGAAAGUCAUUCGACGGAACUUGUAAAGGAGAAGUGCAAAGCAGGUUUCCAUCUUCUUGGUCAAUUCCAGAUCAGGAAAGGAAGAGGCGUUCAAAUAAAGUAAUUGAUGGUGCGUUUACUAUCGAUCCUGAAAAUUCCAAGGAUCUCGAUGAUGCACUUUCCUUGGACUCCUCCUCAGAUUCUCUGUACCGGGUUGGAAUUCACAUAGCAGACGUAAGUUAUUUUGUGGAAGCUGGGAGCCAUUUGGACAAAGAGGCAUUCUUUCGCUGCGUAUCCUACUACCCUGGGCAUGACUACCAAAGUGUUCCGAUGUUACCGCGUGAGCUCAGUGAGAAUCAUUGCAGCCUUCUUCCUGGUAAAGAUAGGUUAUGUUUAUCAGUGUUUGUUGACAUGUCAGGCGAGGGAGAAGUGGUGGGUGAGCCACAGAUAGAACGCACAGUCGUAAGAUCCUCUUGUCAACUCACUUACUCCGACGCCCAAAAAAUCAUUGAUGGUCAACAAAGCGAACUCCCUAAGAUACCGCAAAAAGUUGAAAGUGAUAUUCGAACCCUGAAUGUCCUUGCCCAAAGUAGAAGAAAGCUGAGACUUCGAGAAGCAAGCUUUGAUCAUUGGUCAAACAGCAAUGAAACAGAGGAUUUUGAAGCCCACGAGUUAGUGGAGGAGAUGAUGAUCUUGGUCAACGAAAAGAUAGGAGAAUUUCUUUCUUCUCGAGAUCCACAAGUGGCACCUUUACGCAUUCAACUGCCACCCAAAGAUCACAAAUUGAAAGAAUGGGUUAAGCAGAACGGACAGUUUAUCAAGUAUUCACUGUUUCUCCGUGGCAUUUAUGCGGAUCAAGCGCUAGAACAGAUGUCGAAAGAUGUUCAGACAAGAGACGUCGCAGAGUUUAAAGUGACAGAGUCAGUUUGGUCAGACCUCUGUAGCGCUGCAGAAUCUGGAGACGGAGCGCAACUAAAGAAACUGAUUUGCGACGAAAGAAAUUAUACACAGUUGGCUGUUGUAAAGUCACAGUUUCAACGUAUUCAGCAGAAGGCUCAAUACGUUUGUGAGAGAGAUCAACCGGAGGAAAACAUUAUCCAUUUCUCUCUGAGCAAGCACCGGUAUACGCAUUUCACGUCACCCAUUCGAAGGUAUAUCGACAUUCAAGUACACAGGCUCGUCUUGAAUUUAAUCCCCGGAGAGCACGGUGCAGAAAGGCCUUCACAGGAUCACAUUGCCAAGGUGUGUCGACGUUCCUCGUUUGCUCAGGUUAACAGCAGAAAGUUUGACAGAGCAUGCCGUAAAGUUCAUUUGGCUGCGAAGCUGAAGGAAACAAGCCAAGAAGUAACAGCAAUUAUCGCUUUGAUCGAGGAUAAGAGAAUGCGGUUCGAAAUAACAGACCAAGAGUACAACCAUUUACCGAAAAAAGAGACUGAAGUUAAGUUUAGCAGUCUUAACCCAUUCGAAUUCUCUAUCGAGCGGGAUGGUUCAGAAAUAGUCCUUACCUGGAAGUUAAGGCUAUACAUUGCUCAGAAAGAGAGCGAGACUGGAAAUAUUGAAAACCUCGAUGAUGAAAGGAAGAAAGUACUUCGUCUUUUAUCUAGUGGUAAUAGUGGAACAAGGGGAGUCCUACACUUACCCGUGAAAAAUUGGCAGAAACUCUUGGAGGCAGCUCGAGGAAAUGAUUACUUAACAGCUAAAAUGAUGAUUGAAGAAAUCAAAGCAAAGCACCAAAGAGCUCUGGGACACCAACAUAACCUGCCCAAAACGGAAAAAUUUGAUCCAAAGAUGGAACACUUUUACGAAAAGCAAGUUUCUCUGAGGAGGUUCGACGUAGUGCAGGUUCAGCUGAGUGCGCACAUGACAAAUGGAAUGUUAGACCCCAAGGUUCAGCUUUUCAAGAUUAAUCCCUACGUCCAUAUUUGCAUUGAACAUCGCACAUAUCCAAUUAUGUGUUUUGCCACCACAAAAAGAUACAGAGCAUCGCAGAGACACUACUCGAGUUUAGAUAAGUAUAUCGCCGUGUGGGAACCAGUUCUUGCCAUGGAAGCCGCCAGAGUAGCUGUAGACGAAGCUAACGAGUUCACCAUUCACGAUUUGGAUGUCAUUUGGAGGGAAGAGGUCAGUGAAAUUCCACAAGGGUCUUUCAGCCUCAAAAACAACUUCUGCGCAACUCGUCAAAUCGAGUUCUAUCCAGGGGACUUUGUUUGCAUCCGCGUCUGUGAAGACACUUACAUAAAGGAAACACAUUCUAUUUUCAAUGACAGGAACAAAUAUCAGGAAUUAAAGAUAAAUUCCGCUUUUGAAGAACAACCCAGGUGGACGACUGCAGACACUACGCCAUCCUUGAGAGGCAACUCACGAGUAGCCUUAUCAGGUAUCUGGGUGGGACACUGCGUUAUCAGACGUGUUUUGAUUUCCGAUGGGCCCACAAGGACAGUUGAAAUGGAUUUACAUCAAUCAGCAUCAGAUUUUCCCCGAGAACUGUUAGACAGCAACCAUCCGAGUACACUAACCGUUAUCCACAGAUCACUUCCUCACAGACGGAUGUUUGCAGCUCUCGAAGAGCUAAGAAAUGCGUCCAAACUGGCUCAAGACAUAUGUUUGGGGAAGGAGCGAAUUAAUGGGAGGUUUGAGUCUCCCCUUCCACCUGACUUCUCAAUUGUGACAGAACACCCCAAGAGCGAAUUUCACCCACUGAAUGCAUUUCAAGAAGCAGCUGUUAAAGAGGCAAUUGUUGAGCCAUUUACCCUUAUCCAGGGACCUCCAGGUACAGGUAAAACAGUGACGGGCGUCCACAUCGCUUUCUGGUUCGCGAAACAAAACAAGCAAGGAUGUCUCGGUUCUCACGAUGCCACUGAUCCUUAUACCCCAGACGAACCGAGAGCACCACCGCAAGUUAUUUACUGUGGUCCUUCAAACAGAUCAGUUGACGUUGUUGCUGAAUAUAUGCUCAGAAUUCCUGGCCUCAAGAUCAUUCGUGUCUAUGGUGAUCUGCGGGAACAAGCAGAGUUUCCAAUCCCAAACAGACGUAAGUACCUGAAACAGUCCACCGAUGAUGGAACCGAAAUACCUGAGAGGCUGAAAAAAGUUUCGCUACAUCACAUAAUUCGAAAACAUCCAUGUCCAGAUGCUGAUGAACUUAGGAAGUAUGAACGGAAGUUUGAGGAUGAUAGGAAGGAAAAGCAGAGGACCAGCGAUCAAGAAGUGGAAACAUAUUGCAAGUUAAUUGGGAAAGCUGAAACUUGGGCACUUCAAUCAUCAGGAGCCCAGAUUAUACUGUGCACAUGCUCGGUUGCUGGUAGCCAUAGGAUUGUAACAGCUUGUGAUAACGUUCAACAAUGUAUCAUCGAUGAAUGCGGCAUGUGCAUGGAACUUGAAUCUCUUGUACCAAUCACUUUCUCAAGGGCAAACCAAGUGGUGUUGAUUGGUGAUCAUAAACAGUUACAGCCUGUUGUUAAAGACCAACAGGCAAUGACGCUUGGUUUGAACAUAUCAAUGUUCGAGAGGCUUUCUGACCGAGCCCAAAUGCUGAAACUUCAAUACAGAAUGAUUGUGGUUACUCAUCGUUACGCAGCGAUAUUAUCAAAAUACUCAAGCCUCUUUGAAAAUUGUUCAUUUACUCCUAAUGUUCGACACAUUUUAUGUCAUGCAGGAAGUGAAUGGGACUACGUGAUCUUAUCUCUGGUGCGCUCGCUGAAUAAGGAUGAUUUCGAACCAGAACCCUCCAUGUAUUGGUUGCGUGAACAUUUGGGAUUCUUGACGGACGAGCAUCUAAUGAACGUCGGGCUCACGAGGGCGCGGAAAGGGCUCUGUGUCAUCGGUAACAAGAACUUACUGGUGCUUCAUCCCAUGUGGCAAGAGUUACUAGAAUUCUACGAACAAAGAAAAUGCGUGGUAAACGAAUCUGGCUGGCCUGUAAGCUUAAAAUCUUAACCAUAAUUUUGCAGAUUAUUCAAGAUGGGCUCUCUUAUUUUGAAUAAACCAUUUUUCUACGAAAAAAAGUUAACCUAAGCUGCCCUAAAUUCAUUCUUGUAGGUAUAAAUUAGUAGGUCACUUACUCACUUUUAAAUGGCCUCAACAUAUGUAAUCUCCCUCUAAAACACGUCAAAUAGUCAGGAGAGUAUUCUUGCCUCUGCUGAAUGGGAUUCUGAUCCAUUCAAAACCAAAUCCGCCAAUCUUUAUUGAAAAAGGAUACACGGUGCUGUCAGGGAAAGGUAUUAACAUAAAGGACAAUUCAAUUUAACUGUCACUCGAUUCAAUCAACUACAGAACACAAAAUAGAUUAAUGCAUUGAAAAUCAAGAAAAGAGUCAAAAUUUAAUAUAAUUUUACAAAGAAGGAGAAUUUUCUACAAUAUUUUUUUCCACGGAAAAUUGAUAAGCUGGUUACGUACGUGCUAC